GAUCAUAAGCCCCUCCUGGGCAUGCUGGGGGAGAACAAGCCGCUGUCCAUGAUGGCUUCACCGCGAGUGACUCGAUGGGCAAUGCUGUUGUCGGGCUAUCAGUACAAGCUAGAGUAUGUACCAGGAUCGAGACAGGGACACUGUGAUGGUCUCAGCCGUUUGCCUCUUCCGACAGCUGCUGGAGACUUGCCAGAGCCCGGCGAGACUCUGCACCUGGUGGAGAUGAUGGACGCUUCGCCAGUGACCGCCGCUGUGGUUCGACUGGCGACUGAACGUGACGCCACCCUCAGCAGAGUGCUGCAGUACACCCGAGACGGCUGGCCUGAGGACAGGAGCGGCGAGUCACCGGAGUUAAGUGCAUAUCGCACGAAGCAAGGUGUCGGGACUGGCCGGCGUCGGCAGGACAACACGCUGGCUACCCGGACACUGCAUCAACAUCUCGGGACUCAAGCUCACGGUCCGGCUGGACGACGGACGAGUCCUCCAGCGCCAUCUGGACCAGGUGGUCCCGAGAGCGGUCGCCGGGAACCAGGCCGUCCGACAGCCGACGGACUGGACGGCGGCGCCGCGGCCUCCUCAAACGCCGCCGACGUCGCUGCCGACAACUCCAACGUCGCAGGCGACGCCUUCACCGCCGACGCCCUCACCGCCGACGCCUUCACCGCCGACUCCCACGCCGCUUCCGCCACCGCCAGCGGAAUGUCCGGAACGGGAGAGGCCUUCGUCUCCCUCCCCAGUGGGGCGGCCGGCUCGUGGGUUGGAGGGACGGGGUGAGCUCAACUCGCGAUUGAAGUGUGACGUCCAAUUGUCGCGAGGCGAGAGUGUUGAGUGUCGCGAGCCUGUGUCAGCGCCGCAGGUACCGCGCUAUAACCUGAGACCGAGAAAAUAGUUGUUAACUAGGGGGGAGGAAUGUGGUAGAUUGUCACA